UUUUCCAUUCGUCGGGAUUCGUACCGACAACAACCAAUGAACAAAAACCAGUCACUCUCAUCUGUCUCUCACUAAAAAAAAAAAUCCUUUUUUUCUCUCUAAACUGUGUUUUUUCUCCCAUCAAAACUCCCAUAUUUCUCCUUAAUUUUUCACUCUUUUGCUUACGAAAUUCCCAUAUACGUAUUCACCAAUGCAUGAUCUUCCCAUCCAAUGCAAUUUUGAUCCUUAACGCUUCGAAUUUUCAGAGAGUUUGACCCACCCGAUUGACUCACUGAGUUGGGAAUUCUUUCUGGUUGAAAAAAAAAAUACAUGUUGGAGGCAAUGGAAAGUUCCGUCAAUGGCGGCGGUUUCUCGCGGUUACCGAGCUGUGGAGACAGUAGUGAAGAAGAGCUAGCGGUGCUGCCACGUCAUACUAAGGUGGUCGUCACUGGAAAUAACCGUACUAAGUCGGUGCUCGUUGGUCUUCAUGGCGUGGUUAAGAAGGCCGUGAGGCUUGGCGGGUGGCAUUGGCUGGUUCUUACGAAUGGCAUAGAAGUAAAGCUGCAGAGAAAUGCCCUCAGUGUGAUUGAAGCUCCUACUGGUAAUGAAGAGGAUGAUGACCUGGAAUUCGAAAACAUGGAGUGGAAUGGAUCAGAUAUGGCAUCUGAUGACAUUCGAAAGUCCCACAGAUCGAGGCAUAGAACACAUAAAUCGGUCGGUUCUUCACAGAAGACUAUGAGCAGGACUCUUUCUUGUGAGUCGCGGUCUAAGGGAUCUGUUUCCACUCCCCGUGGGUCCACGAAAAUUGACCUCAGCAAACUAGAGAUGGCUGCUUUGUGGAGAUAUUGGCGACACUUCAAUCAUGUUGAUGCCAUUCGCAAUCCAUCAAAAGAGGAAUUAGUUGAUGUUGUUCAGAGGCAUUUCAUGUCACAGCAAAUGGAUGAGCUGCAGGUCAUUGUGGGAUUUGUUCAGGCUGCAAAGAGAUUGAAGAGCAUUUGCAAAUGACCUGGAGGAGAAGGAUCAGACGGCUCUUGAGUUUGGUUAUCAACGCUAGCUAACCGAUAUGCUCGGUAUCCUAAUGCUCUCUUCCCCUGGUAGUGUGAUAUCUGUAACAUACGUAUUGGUGGCUUGUUUAUCUUUCUCGUAGGUUAGUAUUUUUACUUCAAGCUAUAGAGGUUCUUCCUUUUUGGUAGAGUAGAGAGUAGUUAUGUAGAUAUAAUCCAAAACUUGGUUACAAGACCUCUAUGAAGUCCUUGUGGCUUCCUUCCUAAAAGCUUGUUGAAUGAAUGCACUGCUGACUUAAAAAA